GUGUGUGUGUGUUGGGGUUUUUUUUUUUUCCUUUUGCUGUGUGAAAUCUUUCAAGUUGCAGUCAUCAGCUGGUUGGCGCAAACUUCCCUUCCUCCCCAACCCACCUCUCUUCACCACUGUGUGUACAUGAUUGUGCGUAUGGAUGUGAGUAAAUAUGGCUGUGUCUGAGUUUUGGGGAAAGGCAUGAGAGGGAAGGAAAGCAAAAAAGGUAUUAUCUUACGUCUUUCUCUCCCAAUUCAGUGUGGUGAGCAAAGGGAACCAAGACCUUAAGUUUCUGGUCUUCACCCUGUUGCCAGUCAAGCGUCUGGUUCUAGGUUUCUGAGGGAGCAGGAAAGCAGAGAGUUCUCAUCACAGGAGGCAGAAGUGGAAAGGAGGGAAGGAGACAAGGCAUUCCAAGGGUUGAGAGAAGGGUUUGGGGGUAGAGAGAGAGGAAAUGGAGGUACCAGCCCCAGAUCAGGAUGCUACUGUACCAAACUGUUCUGGGGACAUUAAUGGGAGAGUACAAUCUACUUAUUCUAGGGAAGCUUGUCCCGGGGCUUGGGAGGAGCAGCAGCUCUGAGAAAAGUAAACACUGGGGUUUGAACUGUUCUAUAAAGCCACAUAAAUCUGUCUACAUCCACUAGCUGGGUUUCGUAUUCAUUCUGGCAUGAUGGAUCUCUUUGGAGGCCCUGGGCCAGCAAGCUCCCAAUCUGAAAAAUGGGUGGGUGAGCCUAGAAUCCAGAAAAAUUGCCUAGCUUAACUGUUUGCCUGACAUCCCCGGGUGGGGCCUCCACUCAGGUGGUACUCAAACCCAAGAAGAGUUCCCUAAGGCCAAAAGAUGAAAUCUGAUGCCUGGAGCAAAGGCAGAGGUGGGGAUGGGGAGUCAGAGGAGGGAGAGGCUUUGACCAGUUAUAUUUAGUUAGAGCAGAUCAAAAACACUCUUCAAUGGCAUCUUUCCGCUAUUAUCACGUUUUAUUGUCUUCUUUAUUUUCCUUUUCCAUGUGGAUCUUCUCACUCUUCUCUCAUCUGUCCUUUAAUCUGCAGGAAAUCUCUUCUAAUUCUCAUAUCCCAGAAAUUGAUUCCUUCUAUUCAAAUUCUUAAUAAUUAGGGAGAUAAUUCCUCAUUUGAGCCCUAUCUUUUGUUGUUGGGAAAAUACACUCUUCUCAGCAGAGGCCAGAGGAGACCAUCCACUUAGCAGUGAAUAUUUAUUGUGAUCAAUUUAUAGAUCUCUUCCUUUUAGGGGCCUCCUGCAUACUCCUCAAGCUUUAAAUGUUAUCUUUAGCGAGUCAGACUCCCCAGCCCCGAAAAGGACCACUCUUCAAAGUAGCUUAACUAUCCACUUCCUCCCAAAUAAAGCCUAAUUUUUUAAGCAUGUAAGACUUUGGAAUAAUCCACUUGACUGGCAGAAGGGGAAGAAUGUUUGGAACUUCACCUCCAAUCGGACUUCGGUUCCUAUUGCCCUAAGUCAGCAGAAAGUCUAUAGCGCUGUGAUUUUUGGCGCAGUGUAGGGGGUCGGCUCAAUCAACAGCACUUGCACUUGCUUCCCGCCCCCUUACUUCACCAGCAAACCCCGUCCGCUUGGGCCGUGUACCAGCCCCGACACCCCGCCCCACUCCUAACGCAGGCGGGGCUAGUACUGCCAAGCCGGUGGCGGCAAAGGCUGCGACCGAGCGGGGAGGGCCGCGGGCUCCGCCAGGAUCCAGAGCGGACCUCAUCAUCUCUGCCUCCUGUCUCCGCCUACUUUCCCAUUCUGUUGGCUGGUCUGCCAGUGUGUGGACUUGUACAUCAUGAAUUGUGAACUUCUGGCCACAUGUAGUGCCCUUGGGUACUUGGAAGGAGACACAUAUCACAAGGACCCAGAUUGCUUAGAGAGUGUGAAAGAUUUGAUCCGCUACUUGAGGCACGAGGAUGAGACACGAGGUGUGCGGCAGCAGCUGGGGGCAGCCCAGAUCCUGCAGACUGACCUGCUUCCCAUCCUCACCCAGCACCACCAGGACAGGCCUCUCUUUGAUGCUGUUAUCAGGCUGAUGGUGAACUUGACACAGCCAGCCUUGCUGUGCUUUGGCAGUGUGCCCAAGGACCCCUGCCCCCGGCACCAUUUCCUGCAGGCACUGGACUACUUGCAGGCCUACAAAGAGGCCUUUGCCAGCGAAAAACCUUUUGGAGUCCUCAGUGAAACCUUGUACGAGCUGCUGCAGCUGGGCUGGGAGGAAAGGCAGGAGGAAGACAACCUGCUGAUCGAGCGGAUCCUGCUGCUGGUCAGAAAUAUUCUCCACAUCCCAGCCAACCUUGAUAGGGAAAAGAGCAUCGAUGAUGGUGCCAGUGUCCAUGACCAGCUUCUCUGGGUGAUUCACCUCAGUGGCCUGGAUGACCUGCUCCUCUUCCUGGCCAGCUCAUCUGCUGAGCAGCAGUGGAGCCUACACGUGCUAGAGAUUAUCUCUCUCAUGUUUCGUGACCAGAACCCCAAGCUGCUGGCAGGAGUAGGACAGGGCCACUUGGCUCAGGAGCGGAGCACAGAUGUGGCAGAACUGGAGGUGCUGCGCCAGCGCGAGGCAGCAGAGAGGAAAACCCGAGCCCUUCAGCGAGGCCACAGGCAUUCACGAUUUGGGGGCUCCUACAUCAUCCAGGGGUUGAAAUCCAUUGGUGACAGGGACCUCAUCUUUCACAAAGGUCUUCACAAUCUCCAAAACUACAGCUCAGAUUUGGGAAAACAGCCCCAGAGGGUGCCGAAGCAUCGCCAGGCCGCCCAGGAGCUGUCUGCUCAGCGCCGCUCUGCCCUCAGUGUGAGACUCUUCCUCAGAGACUUCUGCUCUGAGUUCCUGGAGAACUGUUACAACCGGCUCAUGGGCUCCGUGAAGGGUCUCCUGCUUCGGGAGAGGGCUCAGCAGCAUGAUGAGGUCUACUACAUGUGGGCCCUGGCCUUCUUUAUGGCCUUCAACCGAGCUGCCUCCUUCCAGCCGGGCCUGGUCUCUGAGACCCUCAGUGUCCGCACCUUUCACUUCAUCGAGCAGAACCUCACCACCUACUAUGAGAUGAUGCUGACUGACCGCAAGGAGGCCACCUCCUGGGCACACCGGACGCACCUGGCUCUGAAGGCCUACCAGGAGCUGCUGGCCAUGGUGAACGAGAUGGACGCAGCCCCAGAUGUGGCUAUGAGGGAGAGCAGUCACAUCAUCAAGAACAACAUUUUCUAUGUGAUGGAAUACCGAGAGCUAUUCCUGACACUCUUUCGAAAGUUCGAUGAGAGACACCAGCCCCGCUCUUUCCUUCGUGACCUGGUGGAAACCACUCAUCUCUUCCUCAAGAUGUUGGAGCGGUUCUGUCAGAGCCGUGGGAACCUGCUGGUGCAGAACAAACAAAAGAAGAGAAAGAAGAAAGAGAAGGUCCUAAACCAGCCUGUUGCUUCUGAUAAUGCUCCCUGUAUCCCCGGGGGCCUAGAGGCUGUGUGGCCAUCCCUGGUCGAGCAGCUACAUUGCUGUGUCCAGGACCCUGAGCUCAGUCUGGACUCUAUGGUUCCCUUCGAUGCGGCCUCAGAGGUGCCUGUGGAAGAGCAGCGGGCAGCAGCCAUGGUGCGAGUCCAAGACUGUCUUCUGGCUGGCCAGGCCUCACAGGCUCUGACCCUCCUUAGGUCGGCCCGGGAGGUGUGGCCAGAAGGAGAUGUGUUUGGCUCUCAAGACAUUCCCCGAGAGGAAGAGAUCCAGCUGCUGAAACAAAUCCUAUAUACCCCACUUCCCCCUAUAGGGCAGCCCAGGGUAGAGGAGGAAGAGGAGGAGGAGCAGUUGCAAGUGGUCCAGGUGUCAGAGAAAGAAUUUAAUUUUCUGGACUACCUGAAACGCUUUGCAAGCUCAGCUGUGGUCCGAGCCUACACCUUGCUGCUGCGCACCUACCCACAGAACAGCCCCCACACCAACCACUGCGUGGCCAAGAUGCUGCACCGGCUGGCCCAUGACCUCAACAUGGAAGCCCUUCUUUUCCAGCUCUCACUCUUCUGCCUCUUCAACCAUCUGCUUAGUGACCCCGCUGCUGGGGCCUACAAAGAGCUAGUGACUUUUGCCAAAUACAUCCUGGGCAAGUUCUUUGCAUUGGCUGCAGUCAACCCAAAAGUCUUUGUGGAGCUGCUCUUCUGGAAGAACACAGCUGUGGUUCAAGAGAUGGCCGAGGGCUAUGGCUCCCUGGAUGGCAGAUCCAGUCACAGACCCCCUGUGUGGAGCCCAGAGGAGGAGGCCCAGCUUCAGGAACUGUACCUCACCCAUAAGGAUGUGGAAGGUCAGGAUGUAGCGGACACCAUUGUGGCGCACCUGAAAGCUCCUCGAACACGCAAGCAGGUCAUCUGCCAUCUGGUGCGGCUGGGCCUGGCUGAUAGUGUCAGGGACUUCCAGAGCAGGAAAAGAACACAUAUUGUACUGUGGACAGAAGAUCAGGAACUGGAACUGCAGCGGCUCUUCGAGGAGUUUCAGGACUCAGAUGAUGUCCUGGGUCACGUCAUGAAGAACAUCACAGCCAAACGUUCACGGGCCCGAAUAGUGGAUAAGCUGCUGGCUUUGGGGCUGGUGGCGGACCGGCGGGAGCUAUACAAGAAACGCCAGAAGAAGCUGGUGCCCUCAAACUGGCCUAAAGGAGAAGAGACCCUGAGAGAUUUCUGUCAGAAAGACCUUCCAGAGGAAGACCUGCCAGAGGAAGAGGGUGAGGAGGAUGGAGGGAACCGGGAGGACGCUGAAGCAGAGCAAGCCCAGGGUCAUUCGGCCCGUUUGGCAGAAAGCCUCAGGCACAACCUGUAUCUGGAAGGCUUUUCUGCUCCCCUCCUGUGGCUCCAGAACUGCCUGCUGAGAGUGGCAGAUGAUCGGGAAGAGGAUGGUUGCUCCUCAGCGGUUCCUCUGGUACCACUGACGGAAGAAAAUGAGGAAGCGAUGGAAAAUGAGCAAUUUCAGCAGCUGUUGAUCAAGCUUGGAGUUUGGCCUCCUGCCUCUGGACAGGAAACCUUCUGGCGAAUUCCAGCCAAGCUGAGUCCCACCCAGCUCCGAAGGGUAGCAGCUUCCUUGAGUCAAGCAGAGGAAGAGAAAGAGCCUCUUCCGGGACUAGAACCAAAAGUCCUUGGAGAGCAAGGACUUGAGGAGGCUCACCAGACAGAGCACCAGGCACAAGCCCUGAGGGCCCUCCUGUUAGCCCAUAGAAAGGAAGCCGGCCUGGUGUUCCUGGAGGCACCAGAAUCAGGAGUGCCAGGAAUCCAGAAGAAGAAACGAUUUCAGAUGCAGGAUGAAGAUGAGAACAACAAUGGGCCAGAAGCCUAGAAGGAGCAAUUGACCGUUUUUAGGUGGUGAAUUUAAAUCAGAGUUGGGAGUGUCACACAGGACCAGAAGCUCCUCUCGCUGGGCACAAGUGGUAGCAUCCUGGGCUUCUCCAGGAAUUUAGGCAACAGUGUUAGACCCUUUGCAGGUAGUCCUUGCUUCCCCCAGUUCACCUGUGUGCCUCAAUAGACCUCCGGAGACAACUUCUAGGAGCCAUUUCUUUGGGCUUAUGAGCACCCCUCAGCAAAUGAGAGAUGACUGAAGUACAGAAGGCACCUUGGACCCCCUUAUUAGUCUGUCCUUUUAGCUUUCUGCUAGAGUGAGUUUUGGGUCACAGCAGAUAGGGAGCCUUCUGACAUGAUGGGUAUUGUACCAUUUUAAAAAGGCACCAGAUGCCCUGGUCCUCAUUUUCUUUCCUGUUACCCUUUAGACAACAGAUUGAGCCCAAUUCCUGCAGCUGAGGUAGGGUUGGGGUGCAGUACUCUCCAGAUGGUAAACACGAUUGGUUUGUUUUGUAUUGAAUUAAACAUGUAAAAUAAAAAGUUGCCAAUGUUGAUCUGA